AUGCAUUUCCUCGUCAUAUUGCCUUGUAUUCUGGCUCCAGCCCUAGCAACGACCGGUCAAAGACUCAAUGGGCUGGCUCCGCUUCUUGAGCCGCUUGGAGAGGCCAUUCCCGGCAGCUACAUCGUCAAGCUCAGGGACAGUUCGUCAACGGCAUCCCUUCGCCAGGCAUUGAGCACGACAACUGGAAUAGUUGAACAUGUCUACAGCAAUACCUUCCAAGGGUUCUCUGCAAAAUUAGAUGACACUGCGCUUCAGCGCUUGCGGCACCGCUCGGAAGUCGAUUUCAUCGAGCACGAUGCCGUAGCCAGCAUCAACGGAUACGUCGUGCAACCCGAAGCACCAUGGGGCAUUGCUCGCAUUUCUCACCGCCGUGCUGGUAACACGUCCUAUGUCUAUCACGGCAGUGCCGGGCAGGGGACGUGCUCCUACGUCAUCGACACCGGAAUCGAGGACAGUCAUCCAGAAUUUGGCGGUCGUGCCCAUCAAAUCAAGAGCUUCGUAAAUGGAUCCACCGACGGCAAUGGUCACGGCACGCAUGUCGCAGGAAUCAUCGGCAGCCAGUCCUACGGUGUCGCCAAGAAGACUGCCAUAUACGGGAUCAAAGUCCUUGACGAUGGCGGCAGCGGCUCAUACUCGAGCAUCAUUGCGGGUAUGGACUUUGUCUCUCGAGAUGCCCGGCUGCGCAAGUGCCCCAACGGAGCCAUGGCCAAUAUGAGCUUGGGCGGCGGAUAUUCAAAGUCCAUCAAUGCUGCCGCUGCCGCCCUGGUCCGCUCCGGCGUGUUUGUAACCGUCUCGGCCGGAGGUGACAACUCGGAUGCGGCAGGCUUCUCGCCUGCUUCCGAGCCUUCGGUCUGCACAGUUGGCGCUACAACUUUGUCUGAUAACCGAGCCAGUUCUUCGAACUUUGGGGAUUUGGUGGACGUGUUCUCGCCGGGCCACAAUAUCAAAUCGACCUGGAUCAAGGGCGGGACGAACACCUUGUCUGGCUCGUCCAUGUCUGCCGGCCACAUCACCGGCCUGGGCAGCUAUCUCGCUACUCUGGAGGGCCAUCCUGGUGCCCAAGAGCUCUGCCAGCGCAUCCAAGCCUUGGCCACCCGCAACGUCCUCGGCAACAUUCCAAGCGGAACCCAGAACCUGCUUGCAUUCAACGGCAACCCGGCAGGAUGA